AUGGAUGGCUUUGAUGAGACGAUCAUGCCAAUGGAUUACAAGAAAAAGGGUCACAUUAUCGAUGAUGACGUGUUUGCGUAUCUCGUGGCCCCCUUAAAAAGCGGCGUACGAUUAACCUGUUUGAUGGACUGUUGUCACUCUGGCUCUGCGAUGGAUCUUCCCUUCAUAUGGAACGGCAGCAAGCGAAAAUGGGACAGAGAGUGGAAACCAAAAUUUGCCGCUGGGGAUGUACAGUUGUUCUCUGGUUGUGCUGAUGAGGAAUCGUCGGCUGAUUUUUACAUUCCUCAACAAGAAAAGGGUUCGUUGGUUAACGCGCAGUCGAGACCAAUUCGUGUUAACCUUCAGGUGGAGCCAUGA